AGUAAACAAAUCCAAACAGGCAAUAUGCAACCCCAAAUAAUUUUACUGAAGGAGGGGACUGACUCCUCCCAGGGUAUCCCCCAGGUAGUGAGUAACAUAAGUGCUUGUCAGGCCAUUGCUGAUGCUGUCCGAACCACCCUCGGCCCCAGGGGCAUGGACAAACUCAUUGUGGAUGAUAAGGGAAAGGCUGUGAUUUCCAAUGAUGGAGCAACUAUUUUGAAAACUUUGGAUGUUGUUCAUCCUGCUGCCAAAACCCUGGUUGAUAUCGCCAAGUCACAAGAUGCUGAGGUUGGAGAUGGAACAACUUCAGUUGUUCUAUUAGCUGGUGAGUUUCUGAAGCAGGCAAAACCAUAUGUAGAGGAAAACGUUCAUCCACAAGUCUUGGUCCGGGCCUACAGGAAGGCUGCAUCUCUGUCAGUACAGAGAAUAAAAGAAAUAUCAAUAAAGAUUAAGAAAGAAGAUCCCAAUGAGCAGAGAAGUUUGCUGGAGAAAUGUGCUGCUACAACACUGAGUUCUAAACUUGUGGCUCAUCAGAAAGACUUCUUUGCCAAGAUGGUUGUUGAAGCUGUUAGUCUGUUGGAUGAACUUUUGCCACUGAAUAUGAUUGGUGUCAAGAAGGUCACCGGAGGUGGAUUAGAGGAUUCUAGGUUAAUUGCUGGUGUAGCAUUCAAAAAAACAUUCAGUUAUGCUGGAUUUGAAAUGCAACCGAAGAAUUAUGUAAAUCCCAAGAUAGCCCUACUGAAUGUGGAACUGGAACUGAAGGCAGAGAAAGAAAAUGCUGAAGUACGAGUGGACAGUGUAGAGGAGUACCAGUCUAUAGUGGAUGCAGAAUGGAAAAUUCUAUAUGAUAAACUGGAUAAAAUCCAUGAGAGUGGAGCUAAAGUAGUGUUAUCCAAGCUUCCAAUUGGAGAUGUGGCUACACAAUAUUUUGCUGACAGAGACAUGUUCUGUGCUGGUCGUGUAGCAGAUGAAGAUUUGAGAAGAACAAUGAAGGCUUGUGGAGGAUCGAUCCAAACAUCAAUUCAGAAUCUCGAUGAAGGUGUUCUUGGCUCCUGUGAGAAAUUUGAAGAAAUCCAAGUGGGAGGAGAAAGGUACAAUAUUUUUACGGGAUGUCCCCAAGCUAAGACCUGCACCUUGAUUCUGAGAGGUGGUGCUGAACAGUUUAUUGAGGAAACUGAGAGAUCUCUUCAUGAUGCCAUCAUGAUAGUUAGAAGGGCCAUGAAGAAUGAUGCAGUUGUGGCAGGUGGAGGUGCUGUCGAGAUGGAGUUGAGCAAGUACCUACGUGACUACUCGAGAACCAUCGCUGGUAAAGAACAGUUGUUGAUAGCAGCUAUUGCAAAGGCUUUGGAGGUCAUUCCACGCCAGCUCUGUGAGAACGCUGGAUUUGAUGCUACAAACAUUCUCAAUAAACUCCGACAGAAACAUGCCAGUGGCUCUAUGUGGUAUGGUGUGGAUGUAAUGACAGAAGAUAUAGCUGACAACUUUGUAGGUUGUAUCUGGGAACCAGCUAUUGUCAAGAUCAAUGCAUUAACCGCUGCUGCAGAAGCUGCCUGUCUCAUCCUCUCGGUGGAUGAGACGAUACGAAACCCAAAGGCUGGAGAAGGUGGUGCUCCUGGAGGAAUGGGUAGGGGGCGUGGCAGGCCUAUGUAGGCUAGCUUUAUAGAUAUUAGAACAAUUUAACCAAUUGUAAUAUGGGUAUUGCAUUGUAAUGGGCACUGUUGAGGACUGUUCCAUAUAUAUGGUAUGGGAGGGGUGGCAUUGUAAUGGACAAAGAUAAGAACUGUUCCAUAUAUAUGGUAUGGGAGGGGUGGCAUGGACUAGUCCAUGGUAUUGGAGGCCAUGUUCCACAUUAAUUGUAUAUAGGUGGUGGGAGGCUUUCUUUCUGGGGGCUUGCCAUUCAUUGAAAAUUACAGGAGAGGGGUAGUUGAUCCCACUUUACCUUUAUUAAUACUAGAAAAGGUCCUGAAGAUGCCUCGAACCUCCCCCACACAAUUAUGGAAUAGUCCCAUAACAGCUGAAGUGAUCUUAGACAUGUCAUUGUAAAAUGUCUUCAAUGAAGCAGCUCGAUGCCUAUUGAACAUGUGGAAAAUGAUCAUUAUUGUUUGGACCCAAGACUGAAUGAGCAGUAUGUAUAUGCUUGUUGUGUUCUGUAAAAUCAUGUAAGCUUUGUCUCUGUGGAUGUGAACAAUACAAGAAUGAACUAGUGCUUUUGAAUUGAUCAAUGUGAUAAAUAUUUAUUUCCUGUGUCCAUGAAUUCAUGUUCACAUUGGAACCAUUUGGCAGAGGUAGUGUGAGAGAGAGUUGAUGCGUGUGUGACCCCACAAUCCUUUGCUUCUCUAAUAAAGAAGUAUUUCUAAACCAUUUUUUAUGCGUUGCAUAAUUUGUGUAUUUCUACAUUUUUUCAUAAAAAAAAAAAGAUCAAAAUAAAAAGACUGAAUUUAA